AUGCGCUUUUCAAUUGCUACCACGUUUUCUGCACUCGUACUCUUGGUGUCAAGCGUUCAAGCUUCGCAUACCAUCACUUUGAGGAACAACUGCGGCUGGGGUGUUGGCUUACGUGUUGAUAACUACAGCGGCUCUCCCUAUACCGGAACAGCACGCGUUGACGUUCCAGCAAAGUCAUCAAAGAGUGUCGUUGUGCCAGAUGGCUGGGAUGGUCGUGUCUGUGAUGUUACUGCUUCUGGAUCGUGUGCCAACAACUGCUAUGGGUCAUGCUCUAUGACCGAGUUCAACAUGAACGCUGGCGGCCUCAAUUAUUAUGACAUCUCCAACAUCCUAUCUUACACCGUGGCCCAGCAAAUCAGCACUAGCUGCGGAUCGGUUACUUGCACAUCAGCGGGUUGCCCUUGCAACCAGGCAUACCGCCCUGGCGAUACCUCUGGAACUUGUGGAGGCACCGGCCCCGUUGACCAAGCUGUUAGGGCUUGCGGCAGCAACGAUUUCACUAUCACUUACUGCCCAUAA